AUGAAGAGGUCCUAUCCACCUUCCACUUCCACGUCAACCUCCAACUCCUCUGCUUCUACAACCUUACGACGACACCUACAUUCCAACUCUAAUCAUCAGCAGGACAACGGGAACGGUGAAGCGUACGAAACCGAUCUCAGUGAUCCUAAACCUUGGGAAUCCAAUCGGAAUCCUCGUUUAUACGGUUCACGUCGUGAUAUCACCCAUCCUACAUCUUAUAUAGAUAAAUUAGAUUCACCCACUGGUACAACUUCCGGGGACUUACCGCUUUACCUACACGAAGAGAUGGAAACCCGACGAAGACAUACACCCCAACCGCCACUUCCUCCUCAAUUGGAGAAGGAGGUUUCACUGGCUGAUUCACGAGGAGAGAAAGAUCAGUUGCUUUUUGAUGCAGAGGUAGACGAUCAAGGUAAAUGGCAGAAAGGACAUGGUGCUGGGCCUGGUGUAGGAGGGAGAAGAGGAUUACCACCUAGACAAAGAAUAGGUGGAUGGAGAGGUAUAAUGAUCGAACAUGAAGAAAUCAUUUGGACAGCGGUAUAUACGAUAUUAAGUAUGGUCACUAGAUAUUGGAGGAUCGGAGCUGCCAACUACGUCGUGUGGGAUGAGGCCCAUUUCGGUAAAUUCGGUACUCACUACAUCAACCGAGAUUUCUAUUUCGACGUCCAUCCACCACUCGGUAAGAUGCUUGUCGGUUUAGCAGGUCUGUUAUCAGGCUACGGAGGUGGAUUCGAAUUCAAGUCCGGUGUGGAAUACCCUGCGGAUGUCCCCUAUACCUCUAUGAGAGUUAUAUUGGCUUCGUUUGGUGUAGCGCUGGUUCCACUUGCGUGGAUGACAGCAGGUGAAUUGGGAUGGUCGAGAUGGACUAGACAUUGGGUCACUAUCUGCGUACUAUGUGAUAUCGGAUGGCUCUGUAUUUCCAGGUUCAUCUUACUAGACUCGAUGUUGCUCUUCUUCACUUUUACGACUACUUUGGGUUUGGUCAAAUUCCAUAAUCAGAGACAUGACCCCUUCGGAGACGAUUGGUGGGCAUGGCUGGUGUUCACUGGUUGGUCGAUCGGUUGUGUAUGUAGUGUCAAGUGGGUAGGGAUGUUUAUCACUGCUCUUGUGGGGUUAUACACUAUCGAAGAUUUAUGGGACAAAUUCGGUGAUCUUUCUAUGCCUAUUCGAACAUACAUCCAACAUUGGAUCGCUCGAAUAUCAUGUCUCAUGGUAUUACCAUUCAUAGUCUACGCAACAUGUUUCAAGAUUCACUUUAUGGUUCUCAACCGAUCCGGACCAGGUGACGCCCAGAUGUCAAGUCUGUUUCAAGCUCAUCUGAAAGGGAACGAUUUUGCCGAGUCGCCCUUGGAAGUUGCCUAUGGAUCCAAAUUGACAUUGAAGAAUUACGGAUAUGGUGGUGGAUUAUUGCAUUCUCACGUUCAGACCUAUCCAGUUGGAUCAUUACAACAGCAAGUAACAUGUUAUCAUUACAAGGAUGAUAAUAACAAUUGGAUCAUUACUCCUCAAUGGUCUGAUGAUCCUGUUGAUCCCGAUGGACCUAUUAGAUACCUUCAUGAUGGAGAUACUAUCCGAUUACUUCAUUCGUCAACUGGUCGAAAUUUACAUUCUCACCCUAUCGCUGCUCCAAUUACGAAAGAAGCUCAUGAAGUUGCGGGAUACGGUAAUGAGACGAUUGGAGAUGAGAAUGAUCUUUGGAUCGUAGAAGUUGUUGAUGAUACAUCAAGAGGAUCUUUCAAAGCAGGAGAAGAAAAUAGGAUUCACGCAUUGACGACUAGGAUGAGGUUCAGACAUCAACAGUUGAAUUGCUACUUGCGAGCGGCCAAUGCGGUCUUGCCGCAGUGGGGAUUCAAACAGGUUGAAGUUACUUGUACGAAAGAGAAUAACAAGAAAGAUAAACAUACUUAUUGGAAUGUCGAGAGUCAUUGGAAUGAGAGGUUACCUCCUGGAAACGCCAAACUUUACAAAUCACCAUUCUGGCGAGAUUUCGUCCAUCUCAACGUAGCCAUGUGGACAUCCAAUAACGCCCUGGUCCCAGAUCCAGAUAAAGAAGAUAUCUUAGCUUCUAAACCUUUCGAUUGGCCUUUCCUCCAUUUAGGUUUGAGGAUGUGCGGUUGGGGAGAUAAUCAAAUCAAGUUCUAUCUGUUGGGAACUCCCAUCGUCUGGUAUUUCUCCACCAUAUCUCUAGGUUUGGGAUUACUCCUUGCUUUCUACUAUGCUGCAAGAGCUCAGAGACAAUAUAAAGAUUGGAGGAGCCAGGAGGAAUGGGAUCAUUGGUUGUAUGUUGGAAAGGUCGCUUUUGGAGGAUGGGCACUACAUUUCUUCCCGUUCUUGAUCAUGGGAAGAGUGACGUACCUACAUCAUUAUCUACCCACCCUCUACUUUGCAGUCUUGAUGGCAGGACAUGUCCUCGACCAUUUCUUCUUUGGCGGUACCCGACGAACCUCGUUUAAGAAAGGGGUGUGGUUCGGGAUCUGGGCUGGAGCAGUGAUCCUCUCUUUCUGGUGGUUCAAAGAUCUAGCUUUGGGUAUACAUGGUCCGGUGAAUGACCAUUGGGGCUGGUUAUGGAGAUUGAGCUGGAAUAUUUACAACUAA